AUGAGUGACAAACUUACGAGAAUUGCAAUUGUUAGUUCGGAUAAAUGUAAACCGAAAAAAUGCAGGCAGGAAUGUAAAAAAUCCUGUCCUGUUGUUAGAAUGGGCAAGCUUUGCAUUGAGGUGUCUCCGAAUAGCAAAAUUGCCUUCAUUUCUGAGGAAUUAUGUAUCGGUUGUGGUAUUUGCCCCAAGAAAUGUCCAUUCGGUGCUAUUAUGAUUAUCAAUCUUCCCACAAAUCUCGAAAAAGAAGUCACACAUCGUUAUUCUGCAAACUCUUUCAAACUUCAUCGUUUGCCUGUUCCUAGACCUGGACAAGUUCUCGGAUUGGUUGGUACUAACGGUAUUGGUAAAAGUACAGCACUUAAAAUUUUGGCCGGAAAAUUGAAACCUAAUCUAGGAAAGUUUGAAGAUCCUCCGGAUUGGCAAGAUAUUUUAAAAUAUUUUCGUGGAUCAGAAUUGCAAAACUAUUUCACAAAAAUUUUGGAAGAUAAUUUGAAGGCAAUUAUCAAACCCCAAUAUGUAGAUCAUAUCCCAAAAGCUGUCAAAGGGACAGUUACUGAUUUGAUUGAUGCUAAAUUGGAAAGAGAUAAUAAGAAAGAUAUGAUUAGUGCUUUAGAUCUACAAGACGUAUUGAACCGUCAAGUAGUUGAUCUAUCUGGUGGAGAGCUACAGCGUUUUGCAAUUGCUGUUGUGUGCAUUCAAAAAGCAGACAUUUAUGUCAUUGUUGUAGAGCAUGAUUUAUCGGUUUUGGAUUAUCUUUCCGAUUUCAUUUGCGUGCUAUAUGGUAUGCCCUCAGUAUAUGGUGUAGUUACUAUGCCUUUCUCGGUUCGUGAAGGCAUUAAUAUAUUCUUGGAUGGUAAGGUGCCAACCGAGAAUUUAAGAUUCCGUGAGGAAUCUCUAACAUUUAAACUAGCAGAAACUGCCGAGGAUGAAAAGGAAGUAGAAAAGCAUAGAAUAUAUAAAUAUCCCGAUAUGACAAAAACUUUGGGUGAUUUUCAAUUGACUGUUAAAUCUGGCGGAUUUACGGAUUCUGAAAUUAUUGUUAUGCUUGGAGAAAAUGGAACCGGUAAAACAACGUUUAUCAAGCUAUUGGCUGGUGGAAUCAAAGCUGAUGGUGAAGAACAAGUACCUGAAUUGAAUGUUAGUUAUAAACCACAAAAGAUUUCACCAAAAUUCCCGGGAUCCGUGCGCAGCCUAUUCCUUAAAAAGAUCAAAAACAUGUUCAUGCAUCAACAAUUUCAAACCGAUGUUGUGAAGCCCAUGCAAAUUGAAAAUAUCAUUGAUCAAGAAGUCGCAAGUUUAUCUGGUGGUGAACUUCAACGGGUAGCAAUUGUGUUGGCGUUAGGUCAACCUGCAGACAUUUAUUUGAUUGAUGAACCUUCUGCAUAUUUGGAUUCUGAACAACGUGUUGUUGCGGCUAAAGUCAUCAAACGGUUCAUUCUUCACAACAAGAAAACAGCUUUUGUGGUAGAGCACGAUUUCAUUAUGGCUACUUAUUUGGCGGAUCGUGUUGUUGUAUAUGAAGGCUUACCAUCUGUAAAAGCUAUGGCAAAUACCCCGCAAUCUCUACUCUCAGGUAUGAAUAAGUUCCUUGGGUCUCUCGAGAUUACAUUUAGACGGGAUCCAACUAAUUUUAGGCCAAGAAUAAAUAAAGCGGAUUCUAUGAAAGAUAAAGAACAAAAAUCAACUCGAUUUUUAUCAUUUUCAUCAUCAUCAUCCUACCUUUUAAUGGAACAACCUCCUAUUAUUUUACAUCAUUACCCAGGUUCGGGGUUUUCCCAAAAGAUUUUGUGGGCAUUGGACAUAAAGAAAUUACAAUGGACUUCAGUCAUUGUACCUCAAAUCAUGCCAAGACCAUUGUUGCAACCGUUAACUCAUGGGUACAGACGCAUUCCGGUUCUUCAAAUCGGAUCAGAUAUCUUUGUUGAUACUGCAUCGAUUAUUGAAGAAUUAGAACGAAGAUACCCGGAACCAACUCUUUUUCCAAAAAGAAAUGGAUCCGAUAAAAGUGACAGGGGACUGGGCUUAGCCAUAUCCAUGUGGACAGAUCGUUACUUUUUGCCUAGCAUUUUAGGGAUAUUUCCAUACGAUUCGAAAGAUCCUUCAAUGCCAAAACUUUUCUCUUCAAAAGAAUUCAAAGAAGAUCGAUCUUCCUUAUUGGGAACACCAGUUAAACCCGAGAUACUUUUACAGGCACGACCAUAUAACGUUGAUAAAAUUAGAUCCAACUUUGAAUGGGUCGAGCUACAAUUUUCGGAUGAUGAUAGAGAAUGGUUCUUAGAUACGCCAUAUCCAAGCAUUUUUGAUAUUCACGUAGCAACAAAUAUUUGGUUUUUAGGUGUUAUUCAAGGUGCAAAAGAUGUUUUAAAUCCUAAUUUAUAUCCGAAAACUUAUUCUUGGUACAGCAAAUUUUUAAAAUAUGUUAAAUCAAAUGGGAUCAAACCGAAAAAGAUUAGCGGUGAAGAAGCGUUAGAGAUUGCUAAAAAGUUUAAACCUUUAAAUGGUGGGGAAAGAAAAGUUGAGCAAGAUCAAAAAGAUGCUACAAGAAAGUUAGGGGAUAAUGUUGCCAUACAACCGGAUGACUAUGGUAAAAUUCCUGUUAAAGGUAAGAUUGUUAGUUUAGGAGAUAGGAUUAUUGGGAUUAGACCUCAUGACGUUGAUAAAACUGGGUUUGAGGUUGUGAUUUGGUUUCCAAGGGCCGGUUAUAGGAUUAAACCAGAUAACGGGAAGUUGUGA